GUAGGUGUAGGGCCCAAACAUUUGGGCCAUCUUCUGCUGCUUUCCCAGGUCAUUAGCAGGGAGCUGCAUUGGCAGUGGAGCAGCUAGGACUCAAACUGGCUCCCAUAUGGGAUGCCAGGGUUAUAAGCAAUGGUUUAAUCCACUGUGCCACAACCCUAGCUCCAAAUAAUCACUUCUAAAAUGGAAGAGGCCUGUUCUUUAUGACAAAGCAGGGCAGAAAUACAAGUAUCUGCUUGUGUGUCAUACAGUUUAAUAAUGUUUUACUACAGAUUUUUAGGUUACAGGAAUUGAUGCCCAAAGUUAACAAACAAAUUUUUUAGUCACUUAGCUAAUUAUAAUGUGAUUAUGCUUUGAAGUUUGGGCUUAACAAAGUACACUGAUAAAUAUGUAAAAAUUCUUUAAACAGCCCAGCUCUAUGAAGUAAAACAAAAACAAAAACAAAACAAAACUGGUUUGUUAGAUGAUACUAUGGCAUUACUUAAUGUAAUAUAGUUCGUCUGGGCAUAGAAGUAAGAGAAAAGUAAGCUGACAUGGAGUAAAAGCAACAAGUGUUAUUUAACAAAUAAUGAUGAUGAAGAACCAAACUAAGGAUUCAAGGAGGUAAAAGCAAAGAAGCAUAAGGAAGCCAAACCCUAUUGGAAUAUGUAUUAUAUUCAAACCAGUAACAGGUUAGACUCAAGAUGGGGAUUUCCCUGUGUCUACCAAAUAGCUAGGAGCCAAUAGGGUGGUCAAGAGUAUGAAGGAUGUAGUGUUCUACUGCAACCCACAUUUGCUAAGCUAUUUUCAGCUUUCAGAAAAUUCUUCAGCAACAGGCCAUGCUGGGGGAGCAUAUGCCCAGGUUCAGUAGACAAAAUGAUUUUCUCGGUUUAAACACUAGAUAUUCCGGCCCAGCUCAUCUCUUCCCUUGCAGACAAAGUAACGUCCUGGACAUGGCCUCGGAGAUCCUCAUGGCAGAACCCAUGUGCCUCAUUGAGAACACCAGUGAGCAGUUCAUGGUCAAUGAGGAGGCCGUGCAGAUCCUGUCGGCUGUUACGCAGCCCGUGGUGGUGGUAGCUAUCGUGGGCCUCUACCGCACGGGCAAAUCCUACCUCAUGAACAAGCUGGCUGGGAAGAAGCAGGGCUUCUCAGUUGGGUCCACCGUGCAGUCUCACACCAAGGGCAUCUGGAUGUGGUGUGUGCCUCAUCCUGAGAAGCCCGAGCACACCCUAGUUCUGCUUGACACGGAAGGUCUGGCUGAUGUAGAGAAGGUUGACAACAAGAAUGAUACCCAGAUCUUUGCAUUGGCGAUCCUAGUGAGUAGUGUCUUUGUAUACAACACCAUGAACAAAAUUGACCAGGGGGCUGUCGACCUGCUGAACGAUGUAACAGAACUGACAGAUCUGCUGAAGGUCAGAACGUCACCUGACCUAGAUGAGGUUGAAGACACUGCUGACCUUGUGAGCUUCUUUCCAGACCUGGUGUGGACUCUCAGAGAUUUCUACCUAUGCCUGGAAACAGACGGGCAGCUCAUCACAGCAGAUGAAUACCUGGAGAACUCACUGAAGCUGAAAGAAGGAACUGAUCAAAGAACUCAGGCUUACAAUUUUCCCCGUAAGUGUAUAAAGAAGUUCUUCCCAACAAGGAAAUGCUUUAUUUUUGACUUACCCACCAACCAGAAGAAACUUGCCCAACUUCAGAUACUGCAUGAUGAUGAGCUGGAAUGUGAAUUUGUGCAACAAAUGCAAGAAUUCUGUUCCUACAUCUUUAGCCAUUCCAUGAUCAAAACUCUUCCGGGAGGUAUCAAGGUUAAUGGACCUCGUCUAGAGAACCUGGUGAUGACCUAUGUCAAUGCCAUCAACAGAGGGGAUCUGCCCUGCAUUGAGAACUCAGUCCUUACCUUGGCCCAGGUAGAGAACACAGCUGCAGUACAAAAGGCCAUUGCCCACUAUGACCAGCAGAUGAGCCAGAAGGUGCAUCUGCCCACAGAAACCCUCCAGGAGCUGCUGGACUUGCACACUGCUUCUCAGAGAGAGGCCAUCGAAGUCUUCAUGAAGGACUCCUUCAAGGACAUGGACCAAAAGUUCCAGAAGGAAUUAGAGACACUACUAGAUGCAAAGCAUGAUGCCUUUUGUAAACGGAACUUGGAAGCCUCAUCGGAUCUUUGCUCAGCUCUGCUUCAGGAUAUUUUUGGUCCCCUAGAAGAAGCAGUGAAGCAGGGGACUUAUUCGAAACCAGGAGGUUACAAUCUCUACCUUCAGAAGACAGAAGAGCUGAAGGCAGAGUACUAUCAGAAGCCCAGGAAAGGGAUACAGGCUGAGGAAGCUCUGCAGAAGUAUUUAAAGUCCAAGGAGUCUGUGAGUGCUACAAUUCUGAAGACAGACCAGGCUCUCACAGCCAGAGAGGAGAAGAUGAAAAAGGCACGCAGGCAAGCGGAGGUUGCAAGGGCUGAAGCAGAAAGGUUGAAGGCCAUUCAACGGGAGAACCAGCGGCUGAUGGAGGAGCAGGAGAGGCGCCACCAGAAAGAGGUGUGGCAAAUGGAGAUGAACAGAGCACAGAUGUUGCAAGAACAGCAGAGGGCCAAGGAGCGCCGGCUCCAGAUAGAGUUAGCAGUGAGAAAGAAAGACAGAGAGAAAGGUCUUCCUUCCGUUGGUUCACCCCCCAAAUGGCCACCACGGCCAGAGCUACGUCGAUCAGAAGCCAGGAGCCAGGUGCUUCCUCCAGGUCUCCCACGCAGGUGCAGGGGCCCAAGCACUGGGGCCAUCCUCCACUGCACUCCCAGGCCACAGCAGAGAGCUGGACAGGAAGAGGAGCAUCCAGGACUAGAAGCUAGUGCCCAUAUGGGAUGUCGGCACCGCAGGCGGAGGAUUAUCCAAGAGGAGGCUGCAAUGCUGAAUGCAAAACUCCAAGCUGAACAAAGAAGGCUUACGCAGCAGAUACUGAAGUGGCACAUGGCUUCCAGAUCUUUCAGCAUUAUUGUACCUCACCUGAAAAUGAUGAACAUUGGAACUUUCUUUUCACCAAAGAGAUAAAGGAACAAGAGACUGUAUAUGUUUAGAAGUCAACACUUAAAUAAUUUUAUAGAAAGUUUUAAGGUUAUGGUGCUGCUAACUGAUGAAACAUGUAUCUCAAUAAUUCAAAUGAUGAUAACUUCCUCCAAGAGAUUAUAAAUUAUACAACAAGGUGGUUUUAUCACUGCCUUCAUUUAGGGGUGGUACUGGGCUACAUAAGGAGCAGCUUUCCCUUACAUCCCAGUGCCACCUGUCUAGUCUUCCAC